AUGAAAGUUGAAACUUAUCUUAGGAUAAACAACAUUCCUUAUGUGGCUGAUCCCGGUGUAGAGAUGGGUCCAAAAGGGAAAGUUCCUUGGAUUGAGUAUAAUGGUGAAGUCUUUACAGAUUCAUCUUUCAUCUUGAAAUGGUGUAACAAAACGUUCAGUGUGGAUUUGGACAAGAAGCUGAGUCCAAAAGAGCAAGGUGUAGCUCGCUCUAUACAAAAACUGGUUGAAGAAGAUAUAUUCUGGUGCUGUAUGAUGUGUCUCUUUGUUUUGGACUAUACUGACAAUUCCUGGACUGGUUUUGGCUGGCUGCCCAACAAAAUCAUCAACUAUAAAGCCAGGAAGGAUUGUUGGGCUCAAGGUAUUGGUAGACACACCAAGGAGGAAGUACUUGAUAUCAUGGAGUCAGACGUCAAGGCGCUGUCCAACAUCUUGGGAAACCAGAAGUUUAUAAUGGGAAAUGAUGUGAGUGAGGUGGACUGCUGUGUUUUUGGAUUCUUGUGUCAACUAAUAUGGCAGAGUCCAGAACAACCGUGUGUGGAUUGGAUGAAAGUGAAGUACCCUAAUCUGAAAGGAUACUGUGAGAGGAUGAAAACUGCGUAUUGGAAAGACUGGGAUGAGUGUAUCACUCAUGGGUUAACUAAAGAGGCAACCAAAUGA